AUGUAUGCCUAUGCUCGUAGCUGUGUUCGCAUUGGUGACGGCUACAGUGAGGAGUUUGCUGUGAAGGUUGGAGUCCAUCAGGGGUCAGUACUCAGCCCUCUGCUUUUCAUCAUCGUGCUCGAGGCUCUGUCAUGCAGAUUUCGCACAGGUAUUCCCUGGGAGGAUUUGUAUGCUGAUGACUUGGUUAUCAUUGCUGACUCAUUGGAUGAAUGUGUCAAGAGGCUCCUGACUUGGAAAGAAGCUAUGGAAAGGAAAGGACUGAGAGUGAAUGCAAGCAAAACCAAGAUCAUGAUCUGCGGUACGGGUUUUGACCGGGUUUGGAUGCAAGCACUGGGGGCACAAGAAAUGCAGUGGACUCAUGCACCUGUUUGUGGACACCGUUUUAGAUGCUCAAGAUGCAGGGGAACGGCUCGCCCUCUUGACAACAGGCCGCAGAGUGAUGUUCAAGUUGGUCUGGACAAGUUGGAGGUUGUAGGUUCCUUCUGCUACCUUGGACAUGCUUUCCACGGCUGA